AUAAUCGUUCCGGACUGUAAAUCCUCCCUCCCUCUUCUCCCCCAUGGUAUCUGCCUUGGCACAACCCAGGCCAGGGCCCACUUGAGCCGGGUCAGGCCUUUCUUUGGCCUGAGCACGCGCCCCGAGCCAGGAGGGGGCGCCCUCCGCCCAGUGCUCCGCGUGGCCGGCAGGUGGCGCCCUCGGCGGGCUUUUCCCCAGCGCGGCCGAGGCCAGGUGGACUGGAAGGGGCGGAGGUAAGGAGAAGCGGCCGGCGGCGGCUGCCCCGGGGCUCCUCUCCCGCCCGCACGCAGAGCUCGCGACGCGGUGCCGAGAGAAGGCGCGCCCUCGGCCGGGCCAGCUGCGCUCUCUGGACUCGGGCACCGCCGCCUGGAUCUCUGCGAGCAGGUCCCCGCCGCGCGCAGCCCGAGCUCGGCCACCAUGGAGGCGCAGGCACAAGGUCUGUUGGAGGCUGAACCACUGCGAGGAAGAGAUGAAGACGCAGUAGCCAGUGCUGACUUCUCUAGCAUGCUCUCUGACGAGGAGAGAGAAGAGUUAAAGGCAGAAUUAGUUCAGCUGGAAGACGAAAUUACAACAUUACGACAAGUAUUAUCAGCGAAAGAAAGGCAUCUGGUUGAAAUAAAGCAAAAACUCGGCAUGAACCUGAUGAAUGAAUUAAAACAGAACUUCAGCAAAAGCUGGCAUGACAUGCAGACCACCACUGCGUACAAGAAGACACAUGAAACCCUGAGUCACGCAGGGCAGAAGGCAACUGCUGCUUUCAGCAAUGUUGGGACAGCCAUCAGCAAGAAGUUUGGAGACAUGAGGUCCCACUCCAUCGGCUACUCCAUUCGCCAUUCCAUAAGUAUGCCUGCUAUGAGGAAUUCUCCUACUUUCAAAUCAUUUGAGGAGAGGGUUGAGACAACUGUCACAAGUCUUAAGACGAAAGUAGGCGGGACGAACCAGGGCGGAGGCAGCUUUGAAGAGGUGCUCAGCUCCACCGCGCACGCCAGCGCGCAGAGCUCGGCGGGCGCCCCCCGGCGGGCGGAGGAGGAACUGCAGUGCUAGGGCUGCCAGCCCAAGCCCAUCACCCCGCACCCACCCACACGGAUAGGAAGACCAAAAUCGCACUGGCAAAACCCAGGCCUUGACCUUCAAAUGGCCUCUCCACCAAGUUUCAUAAAGUGAUUUCCAUUUG